AAGAGAUGUGUGAUGGAUAGUCACACGUUCGACAUUAUAAUUCGAAUUUUGUUUUAAAUCUUGUUUUUUCGACGCACCCUUUUCGUAAAUUUUGGUGAAUUGUAAAAUAUCGGUUUAGGCUACCAAACUUGAUCGUUAACAAUGAGUACCAUACUGGAAAAAAUCGCUCAAAUUGAGGCCGAGAUGGCACGUACUCAGCGGAACAAGGCCACGGCCGGUCAUCUGGGUUUACUAAAGGCUCGUUUGGCGAAACUGCGACGAGAGCUGAUCACCCCGAAGGGAGGUGGCGGCGCUUCCGAACAGGGUUUUGAAGUAUCCAAAACCGGUGAUGCACGGGUUGGUUUCGUCGGUUUUCCGUCGGUUGGCAAAUCGACGCUACUGUCCAACCUGGCCGGAGUGUACUCGGAGGUGGCAGCGUACGAGUUCACAACCUUGACCACCGUACCGGGUUGCAUCAAGUACAAGGGAGCGAAGAUUCAGCUGCUGGAUUUGCCCGGUAUUAUCGAGGGAGCGAAGGAUGGCAAAGGUCGCGGUCGGCAGGUUAUUGCCGUAGCGCGAACUUGUAAUCUGAUUUUCAUGGUGCUGGAUGUGCUGAAACCGUUGACCCACAAGCAGAUACUGGAGCACGAGUUGGAGGGCUUUGGGCUGCGAUUGAACAAGCAACCGCCGAAUAUUAGCUUCCGCCGGAAGGACAAGGGUGGGGUGAAUCUGAACGCAACGGUUGCGCAGUCCGAGCUGGAUCUGGACAUGGUCAAGUCGAUUCUGUCCGAGUACAAGAUCCACAACGCGGACAUCACGCUUAAAUACGACGCCACGACGGAUGAUCUGAUUGAUGUAAUCGAAGGCAAUCGGAUCUAUAUUCCGUGCAUUUACCUGCUGAACAAAAUUGACCAAAUUAGCAUCGAAGAGCUGGAUGUGAUCUACAAGAUUCCGCACUGCGUGCCGAUUUCCGCCCAUCAUCACUGGAACUUUGACGAUUUGUUGGAGAUGAUGUGGAAGUAUUUGAAGCUGGUUCGAAUCUACACUAAGCCCAAGGGACAGCUACCGGACUACAGUUCGCCGAUUGUUUUGCAUCACGAACAUACCAGCAUUGAGAACUUUUGUAACAAACUGCAUCGGACAAUUGCGAAGGAGUUUAAAUACGCACUGGUUUGGGGUUCUUCGGUGAAACACCAGCCGCAAAAAGUUGGUAUCGAUCACGUGCUGAACGACGAAGACGUUGUCCAGAUCGUGAAGAAAGUGUAGACAUUUCAGCCGGUUUUUUUUUGUGUAAGUCAACUGAUAUUUUACGGAACAAAUUUGCUAUCAUAAAGACGUAAUCCCAAUCAACACGCAAGCAAUUAACGGGAAAAAUGUU